AGAUCUUCCCUAAAAGUUUAAUUGAACUGAUGCUUGACAACAAGAGAAGUGAGGUAGACGUUUUCAUGUUUUUUCUGCAGAGUGAAUGAUGUGUGUUUAUAUGUCUGUGUUUCACCUGCUAGGCCAACUGUUAGCUGGUUGAUGAUGGACACCCACAGUGAGACCAAGAAGAUGAGCUCUUACUUCCCCAGCAAUCCCUCCUAUGAUGGGACCCAGAUGAGUAGCUGCCAGGCCCCACGCAAAGGCCCAGGCUGCAGCUGGCUCGUAGUGGUAGCAGCUGUAGCUGCCUCCCUGAGUGGCCUGAUGCUGGGCUAUGAAAUGGGCCUGACCUCUGGGGUGUUGCUGCAGCUGCGGGGCCUCCUGUCCCUGUCAUGCCGGGAACAAGAACUGCUGGUCAGCUCCCACCUGUUUGGCGCCCUCCUCAUCUGUCUGGUUGGCGGUCCCAUCCUGGAUCGCUACGGCCGCCGCUGCUCUUUGCUCCUGAGUGCCACCCUUGUAAUUGGAGGCACCAUAGUUCUUAUGGCCAUCACCUCACUUGUUGCACUCACACUGGGCCGUGUAAUAGUUGGCAUGGGAACAGCGCUUUCAGGGACAGCAGCGUGUCUGUACAUUGCAGAGAUCUCACCGAGGGAGAGAAGGGGACUGCUGGUGACCCUGUACGAGCUGAUGUUGGUUGUGGGUGUAAUGAUGGGAUUCAGCUGUAGUUACGCCUUUGCUGCUCUCCCCCAUGGCUGGACGUACACAUUUGGAUUAGUAAUCCCCCCUGCACUUCUGCAGAUCAGUGCGCUCUUGUUCCUUCCGCCCAGCCCACGCUUCUUGGUGGCACAGGGUAAAGUGGAGCAGGCAAGGACAGUCCUGGUUAGAAUGAGGGGUGGGAUAACAGAGCAUGUGGAGGUAGAACUUAGGGACAUCCAGUCUGGACUUAAAGAGGAAUCAGAGCAUAGUUUCUUGGAGUUGUUCAGUUCUAAGGCCAAUCUGCGUUCACGGCUUCUAACAGGCAUGGCUUUAGUGUUUCUCCAGCAGGCCACAGGUCAGCCCAACAUCCUGUCCUACGCUUCACCACUUCUCCGCAGUGUAGGCUUCAACAGUGAUGCCGCAGCAACCUUGGCCUCCACAGGGUUUGGAGUGGUCAAAGUGUUGGGCACUAUCCCAGCCGUGUUGCUGGUCGACCGCAUGGGACCUAAGAGCUUUUUGUGUGUGGGUGCUGUCGCAAUGGGAAUAUCGCUAGCUGCACUCGGUACAUUGACACUGCAAAGCCACACUCACCUCACUAGCCUCUGUAAAAGCCAGACAAUCCUCAACCACACACACAUGCAGUGGGAUUCAAACAGAACCUCUAUAGACUUUGAAAACAGCGACAUGUUUUCUACUAGCCUCCCAAGCCACUGGAAAAAUGAGGAAGCACAAAGGACUAAUCAAGAGGAUGAUGGGAUUGGAGAGUCAGGAGGAGGACAGACUCCUGUAGAAGUGUCUUCGUCACUUAAGUGGGCAUCACUGAUCAGCUUGUUGGUGUAUGUGGCAGCUUUCUCCAUUAGCCUCGGGCCAAUGGUCUAUGUGGUAAUCAGUGAAAUCUUUCCAAUGGGAGUCAGAGGAAGGGCUGUGUCUGUGGUGUCAGCUGUAAACUGGGCUACAAACCUGCUUAUCUCAAUGACUUUCCUUACAAUAACAGAAAAAAUCGGUGUUGCCAAUGUGAUGUUCCUGUACACUGCCAUGAGCUUCAUUCUACUGGUGUUUGUCAUCCUCUGUGUCCCUGACACUAAAGGACGCACGCUGGAGGAAAUAUCCAAAGAGCUGGCGAAGAAGAAGCAUUUCAAGUUGAGGCUCUGUAAGCAGGUCCAGCCUCAGGAGAACCUAAUCAGUCGCACGUCCACAGAGAUCCCGGGAAAGAUCUGACUUCUUCAACAGACCACUACCGCACAUCUCACGUGAAAGAAAGUCCUUCAUACUAAAGACAAUAAUCAAUAAGGACAAUAGCAGUGUUUGAAAAACACAGGUUACACCAUGCGCACAUCUGUACAGCUACGCAGGUUCAGCUGGUUCCUCUAACAACUGAAUUUUCUAACACUUCCUUCUAGUUACAUACGCAAAGGAAGAACAUGACGGAUGGUGGAAAUUACACACUCGCACACACAAUUAUAUGUUUAACUUGCUCAAAUGAGGAUAGCUCAGGGUUUUUAUUCUUGUUUGUUAAAAAGUAGAAAUGAAAGGUAAACAAUUGGGAUUGAAUAUGACAUUUUGUAAAAUAUUUUAAAGAUUUAUUUAAUUUCUUCCUUUACCAAUACAGUUCCAAUAAUGCUCCAAGACACUAUGUCAACUGGAUAAAGUCAUUUGGAUGAAUGAUGAAACUCUGCUACUCCUUUAUGUAUUUACAGUAUGUUUAUGUAUUGUUUCCAUUGUCAUAUGAUGUGAUGGAUACUUACAAAAGGUUGGCUCUUUUGGACUUUUAAGGCGGAAAUCCAGGAUGUACUAGAAAACAAAAAACACUAAUCACCUCAAACCAACAAUUUUCAGGUUCUUUGCUGGAUUGCAAAUUAAUUCCUAUAACAUUAUAGUGUUAUGUAUAUAAUGCUCCCUGUCAUAUUUAAUGUUAUAACACUAACAUGGCUGAAACCAGUCAUACCAAUUACAGCAGGUAUUCCAUUUUUGAAGUAUGGAUGGUGUAUGCUCCUUUACAGUUCAUGGGAACAAGCAAUUAAAAACAAUGAACACACUCAGCUCAAACAAUCAAGGGUUAAAUACUAAAGUUAUCAGGGCUAGUUGUAAUAUUGGGUAGAUUAUACAAUAAGUGAUUCCGUUUUAGAGUGAGAAGUGAUGUUUUUUUGUUUGUUUUUUACUUGUCAGUGAUGCCAAACAUGUACAUGGCUGAUUAACUAAUGGAAUGUUUUAUUGCGAGAAAAGAAUGAUUUGUGUGGACCUGUUCACCAUUAAAAUUGCACAUUUUGUAACUUGUU